CACGCGCGUGCACACGCGGGCGCUCCGGCGAGCGGAGCGGUGCGGAACUCGGAGCGCGCGGCACGAGAGGCAAAGCGUUGGCGCCGUGCGACUCCGCGUCGGAGUUUUUGGAGUGACCGGAUGAAAAUUUACGACGGAGAGAGAAGAGAGAGAAAGAGAAGAGAGAGAGAGAGAAGGGCCCAUUCAUAAUAAAGGGAACGACCGAGCUAGGGAAGAACACGGAGAGAACUAGCGGCGAACACGCGGUGGUCGUGGUCUCCAGCCAACUAUCGGCUGCUGCAAGCAUCGUGUUAGAUAAAAUAUAUAUAAAUGGUGCGUUACAAUUACAUAGUGUAUAUAAUAUAGUUCUGACACACCUAAUAUAAAUGCCAUUCUUGCACCAGCACUGAACGCUAUAUAUCGCCAUAUAUACACAGCAAGCUGUGGAGUUGGACGACAGCCCGUGUAUAAAACGCGAACGCGCCCGCGUGCGUCUGAUGCACAUCUCGCGCACGACGCGCGCGAGCUCCGCGCGUCCAGCGGCAGCGGCGGAGUGCGGCGCGGAUAGCCGGAACCCUCGGGGCGGGUGGGGGGGCGACCUCGAGCGCGGUGCUCGGAGGAACGAUUCCAGCGGCGGUGUCGGUGACGACGCACGGGGCACACGCCACGCACAGCGCAGCAGCAGCAGCAGGAAGCAUGGUGAGCGGAUAACGAGCAGCUGGUAGCAGCAGCAGCGGCGGCAUCAGCAGCGGCUGCAAGCGGCAAAAACGCAGGCGGAGACAAUUUCGCAUUCUUCGCCUGCAAAAGUGGAUCCUCCUCCCUCCAGUUCUUCAUCAUCGUCGUCAUCGUCACCAUCGUCGUCGUCGACACCACCAGCCGGACGGCCUGCCAGGUGCGCAAAGCGAGGAUUGCCUUCAGUCUGUCGCGACUUGUCCCGACCGGGCACCCUGACGGAGCGUCGCGACGCUUGCCCGAGAGAGGAAUAAUCACGCUGGACCUAUUAACGGAACGCAGCUAAAUCGCGUUCACGGACGGGGGACUCUCUCUGGAGUUGAUGCACCGCAUCGGACGCAAACAUGGGAUGUUCUCUAGAAGUGCUGCUGCUGCUGCUCCAUACGAACCUGCUGUUGGGCUCUGCAGGCGCCGCAGCUCAGUACAGCUCUCAGAGAAUACAAGACGACUGGUGGACCUACAAGGAGAUCCCGAAUGGCAACUUUGUUCCAGGGCCGGCGUUCUGGGGGCUCGUGAACUCCGGCUGGAACUUGUGCUCCGUCGGCAAGAGGCAGUCGCCGGUGGACGUGGAGACGGGACGGAUGAUCUUUGACCCUUUCCUGACCCCGAUGAAGAUCAACACGGGCGGCAGGAAGAUCAGCGGCACCAUGUACAACACGGGCAAGUACAUCUCGCUCCGCCUGGACAAGGAGCACCUGGUCAACGUGUCGGGCGGUCCCAUGACCUACAACCACCGCCUGGAGGAGGUCCGCAUCCACUUUGGCAGCGAGGACAGACAGGGCUCGGAGCACCUCCUCAACGGGCAGGCAUUCCCCGGAGAGGUUCAGCUCAUCCAUUACAACCACGAGUUGUAUCCCAACGCGUCGGAGGCUGCGCGGAACCCCAACGGACUGGUCGUCGUCUCCAUAUUCAUUAAGGUGUCAGAAUCUCCAAAUCAAUUUCUGGAUAAACUCCUGAAUCGAGACACCAUCACGAGGAUCACGUACAAGAACGACGCGUACCUGCUGCGCGAGCUCUCGGUGGAGGACGUCUACCCCGAGACGCAGAGCUACAUCACGUACGACGGCUCACUCACCACGCCGCCGUGCCACGAGACCGUCACCUGGAUCAUCAUGAACAAGCCCACGUACAUCACCCGCGUGCAGAUGCACUCGCUGAGGCUCCUGAGCCAGAGUCAGCCGUCGCAGAUUUUCCACAGCAUGUCGGACAACGUGCGCCCGACGCAGGGCCUCAACAACCGAUGCAUCCGCACCAACAUCAACUUCAGCCAGCCCGGGAAGGACUGCCCCAACAAGAAGCCGCAGAAGCUGCAGUACAGAGUUAAUGAAUUGAUUCUGAAAUAAUGAAGAUGUGAGCAAAGGCCUUGACUGCAGCACUUUGAAUGUUGUCGAGGCAGAACAACAAUUUACAAAUACU